GUUUAUUUAACCAACAAGCCACGAGAGGCCUUAUGGGCUUUGCAGUGAUUUUAGCGGAGGAAACAUCACCGAAUCAAGAAGAAACCUCAGAGUCUGUGCUGUGAACUUUUCCUGCUCCCCGCGAGCUCGUGACGCCGUCUCCCUCCUCUGACCCGAGAGCUCGAGGCAUGGCAGAGAAGCGGAGGUCCCCCUGCGCGCUGAGCGUCAAGGCGCACGCGUUCUCCGUGGAGGCGCUGAUCGGAGCGGAGAAGAGACGCAGGACGGCCGGAGAGGAGGCCGUUUCCCCCGUGUACGAAGACGGGACUGAUGUGUCUGAUCUAACUGGGAGCCCGGGGCCGCGAGCUGACAGAGCGUGCACGAGCGACCGAGGCAGCGAGGCAGAGUGUGCGAGUGACGGAUCGCCAGAGAGCGAGGACGCACUGCUGGAGAGCCCGCAGCCCGCAGCUCUGUGCACGGCACCGCUUACCGGCACAGGAGAGGAGACCCGCGUGGACCUGCAGGGAUCCGACCUGUGGAAACGAUUCCACGAGAUCGGCACGGAAAUGAUUAUCACCAAGGCUGGACGGCGGAUGUUCCCCGCUAUGCGCGUGAAGAUUACGGGCUUGGACCCACAUCAGCAGUAUUACAUCGCCAUGGAUAUAAUCCCCGUGGACAACAAACGAUACAGGUACGUUUAUCACAGCUCUAAGUGGAUGGUAGCUGGGAAUGCGGACUCUCCUGUGCCGCCCAGAGUUUACAUCCACCCGGACUCCCCGGCCUCAGGGGAGACGUGGAUGCGUCAGGUGGUCAGCUUCGACAAACUCAAACUGACCAACAAUGAACUGGAUGACCAGGGACACAUCAUUCUGCACUCCAUGCACAAGUACCAGCCGCGGGUUCACGUGAUCCGUAAAGAGUGUGGAGAGGAGUUAUCACCAGUGAGAGCCGUCCCUGCCGGGGAGGGGACACGUACUUUGGCUUUCCCCGAGACCGUCUUUACCACCGUCACAGCGUACCAAAAUCAACAGAUUACAAGGCUGAAAAUUGACAGGAACCCAUUUGCCAAAGGCUUCAGAGACUCUGGCAGAAACCGAAUGGGCCUGGAGGCUUUGGUUGAGUCUUACGCAUUCUGGCGUCCAUCUCUGCGGACGCUCACAUUUGAGGACAUCCCUGGCAUGGCCAAGCAAGGGAUCCCUCAUGGAGCUUCACCUCACCUCCUCUCCACAUCCCCAUGUUCCUCACCUUUCCAGGUUUGCCCUCUCAGCCCUCCUGACUACACCUGCAGCAGACCCACACACCCUCUCCAUCGCUACAGCAAUGUUCCAGAGCCGUUCCCCCCUCCCAGAGGACCAUCAGCGUAUGAAAGUGAAGGAUUCUGUUCCCUGCCUCUCCCUGCUUCUCAACUCAGCUAUCUAACCAACCCCACCCCGCAGGGGUACGCCGGUCUACGCCUCCACACACCACCCUACAGCCUGUACGGUUACACAUUCCCUCCGUCACCACGUCUUGCUGCCAGCCCUGAUAAAAUGGCGGCCGCUGCCACUGCCAAUCAUCCAAGCCCCUUCCUUGGCUCUUCUCCCAGUGGGACUCUAACAGACAGUCUGGGCGUGCUCAGUGGAGGACAGCAAGGCUUCUUGUUUGACUCUCGGACUUUAGGACUGGCAGGUAGCCAAGCAGGAGGGGCCUCACAGGUCACCGCUCACAUGGGCUGAAUUUGACUCCAGACAUUUAGGGUCGUCGUGAAAAUAAAAUGAUAACCUGAAAUGGAUGAAAGUUGCUUCCAGUUGAGACUUCAAACAAACGUAUCAUCCAUGUGCUGAAUGAGCUUCAGACACAUACAGAGGAGGCCACUGCCUUUGUGGGAACAAAGAGCUCGUCAAGACUUCUUGAACCAAAGGGAAUAUUUUAACAAGUUCUUAUCUUCUGCAUGCUCUCUAGGACAUGCAGCAGCAGUGGAAACUGAAGAGACAAACUUCCUGUGACUUUGGUGAAGAAGUCCAAAAGAUGUAACAAAAGAGACUGAACUGGAGCUGAAUAUGGACUAGGCAGGAACUGGGCUGGCCCAAGCACUCAACCGAGCACUUCAAGCGCUGGCCAGGUCCUGAACAGUACUUUAAAUCCUUACACAGUAUUCUUCUUUGCCUCUUUGAAAAUGCAAUCUUUGGAUUGAGUUAGGAAACACUACUUCUGAACAAGUUUUUUGGGACAUAUUAAGUUUAAUUCUUUGUUGUUACAUGCCUAGUGUUGUUCUCAAUCCAACAUGUAGCUUAAGUUCCUCUACAAACUGCACUACAGGCAGGACCUCCUGACCUCUCAGACUUAAAAAGAAGUUACACACACAACCCCAGAACCUGUGUCAGACUCCCACAAUGACAUCAUGGCCAUGACGAGGGCCACAGGAGACAUCCCAGUGACAGUUAUGGACUGACAAAGUUAAAGCUGCAGGACAAUGAUUGAUGACAGACUGAGCUACGUCUUCUACGUCUGGUUUGACAGACGUUUACGUGAAACAGCUGCUUGGAUGCCAGGCUGAAGUACGUCUUUCCUCGUGUGACACAAAACGUAACUGCACAUGAUGACUCUGUAUAUAGUGGAGGAAGGAGGGAUGUGUAUAUAAAGGUCUGUGUGACCCUUCGCACUUAAAAACCUCAAUGCACCUGCUUCUGCUCUUUACACCGGGUCAGGUACGCAACGGCCAACCCUGAACCUGCCUGAAAAAGCUUUCCUCCGCAAAUGCGCUAUAUCAGCACGCCCUUAACUUGUCCUGUGACCUUUUUGAGCCAAAUAAAGUAUAUCUAUUCAUGUCA